AUGCCACCGCUCACCUCACACCCGGCCACCCCAACCCCCGCAGAGCAAAACACCUUUCCCUUCCCCGCGCCGCACUCCUUUCCGCCCUUCUUCACCCUCCAGCCCAAUGCUCAAACCCUUCUCUCCCAGCUCCAAAAAUGGUCCGCCCUCAUCCAAGCAUACUGCCGGCAUCACCGCCUCUACCGUCUCUCCCUCGUCGAUGCCCUCGAUUCCCCACUGUUUCACAACAAGCAGAUCCGCAAACGGCUGAGCCUGGUGGACGCACGGAGGAUUGUGGAUUGGAUGUGCGGUGCGCAAGGCGGUCGGAGAGCGGAGUGGGUUGGUGGUGAGGCGGGAGGGAAGAGCGUAGCGUGGAUCUGGUGGCGGAGACCUGAGGAGUGGGCUGGCGUGAUUGCUGACUGGGUCGAGGAAACAGCGCAGAAGAACACUGUUCUCACGCUUUACGAAUUGACAGAAGGGGAGGCUACGAUGUCGCAGGAAUUCCACGGCAUGGAUCCAGAUGUGCUGCAGAAGUCGUUGCAUGUUCUGGUAAAACGCGGGAAGGCCCAGGUGUUCGGGAAUGAAGACCAGCAAGGCGUGAAGUUCUUUUGA